AUGAGCAAUGUUGUUCGGAAGAGGGGUGGUCCCAACAGAGGGGGCGGAAGAGGAAGCAAACCCAGAGGAGGUCAAGGAGGAGGUCACAGAGGAGGUCAAGGAGGAGGUCACGGAGGGGGCAAAGGCCAAAGGUCUUCUGGUUUCGCUGCAGAGACUGGAGCGAGAAAAGGGAAUUUUGACUACCUUGAUGAUGACUUUGUCUUGAUGCCAAGAGAGACAUCUGACAGAAACAACAGGACUGGAUCAAAGGGUUCAUCAGGAAGAGGUUCAUCAGGAAGAGGUUCAUCAGGAAGAAGUUCAUCAGGAAGAGGUUCAACGGGAUCAUCAGGGAGAGGAUCCUCAGGCAGCGACAGGCAACAAGGGUGGGGCAGUGAGGGAACCCACCAGGGGCGUGGCAAUGAUGAGUAUCGCGGGCGCGGCAGGGGUGGGCCCAGAGGGCGUGGCAGGGGUGAACCCAGGAAGGUGCAGAUGCAGCAGCUGCGCAUGACAACUGAGAAUCAAGAACUGGUCCGGGACGUCUUGAGGGAACUCCAGGGGAGUGAACCAUCAGAGAUCAGUGAGCAAGGUUAUGAUGAAUUACACAAUCGAAGUGACUUCCGCUUCUGGACUCAAGACAAAAGCAUGGUUUUGGAGGGUGCUACAGGCUUCCAAGCAGAGAAUGAAAAUGAGUCUCAGGAGGAACUUGUCAACAAAUAUGCUCUGCUUAAACUUCUAAAAUACGGCUUUCACCGGGAUCACUGUCUUGCAGCCUUGGAAGAGACAAAUGGCGAUGUUGGCCAGGCACUGGAUCAUCUCCUGCAAGAAUGCUUCCACUUUUCACCAAAGCACAAACACAAACGGAAACGGACCAAGAGCCAAGGGGGAGGGGAGACCGAUGGACAGAUGCAGGAGGCCCUGCAGCAAAGAGAGGAGGAAGCCAUGGCUCUGAGCUCCAUAUACCAGGAGGACUUUGACGAGAGGAUACCCAACCGGGUCUGGGUCAUGAACUUUGACCUGCCCCAUGUCACGGACCACUUUGUGGAGAAGGCCCGCAGCUUACAGAACAGGAAGCAGCAGAUGGUGGACAGGUCUCUAUCCAGCGUCGGUCUCUGCAGGUUCUAUCAGCAGGGCCACUGCCGGUUUGGUUCCAAAUGCAAGUUCUGGCAUAAGAGAGAGGGUCACAGUAAGUCCUACCAGGAGCUCUGCGACAAUGCCGAUGCUCAGGUCUAUCAGCUUGAGAUCAGAUUCCCCGAGGGUAACCUGUAUCCCAUGGAACCUCCUCUCGUGGCCUUCCUCACCUCAAAUCCAGACUUCCCCAUCGGCAAGAGCCUCAACAUCUCCAACUUGUUGUUUGAAGAGGCCAAGGAGAUUGCUGAAAGUGCCUCCCCGGUCGUGUUCUCGCUUGUGUCAGUUCUUGAAGAUGCUCCUCAGAUGAUUAAAACUCUUGAACAGAAGCUGUUGCCACUGAGUCUCGCACCUUCCGCAGCUAAACCGGUUGAGAAGAAACCGGCCUUUAAGCAGGGAGCUGGUCGUGGAAAACCUCAGAAUGCUGCAGCUGACAACUCGACUGGACACAAACCUAGCAAUUCGUGUGCUUUAGCCAAGGGAAAGGACACACCAGUUGGCAGGGAGCAAAGCGAGGACUCUGAUAGCACCGAUGAGGAUGGAGGGAGCUCCUCCUCAGAAAUAGAGUCUGAACCUGCACCAGUGAAAGCUGAGAAAAACCAACCAAUGAGAAGAGACAAGAGAGCCAUUGAGAGGGAAAACAGGACUCUCAAAGAGCAGUUUAGGAAAAAGAAGCAUUCUCAUUCCUACAAGAGCUUCCUGGCUGAUAGGCAAAAGCUACCAGCAUGGAAGGAACAGGGAACCAUCCUGGAAACCCUGGACAGAAACCAAGUAGUGGUUGUAAGCGGAAUGACCGGAUGUGGAAAGACAACCCAAGUGCCCCAGUUCAUCUUGGAUGCCUCUCUCAAGAUCCCCGGCCCCUCGCUGUGCAACAUCAUCUGCACUCAGCCUCGGCGUAUCUCGGCCAUGGCGGUCGCUGAGAGGGUGGCCAAUGAGAGGGCUGUCAAGCUGGGUGGGGUGGUUGGGUACCAGAUCAGACUGGAGAACAAACAGUCUACUUCCACUCGACUUCUGUUCUGCACGACUGGUAUCCUGCUGCGUCGAUUAGAAGGAGAUUUCAAUCUGGACGGUGUCAGUCACGUCAUCGUGGAUGAGGUGCACGAAAGGAGUGAAGAGAGUGAUUUUCUGAUGAUGGUCUUACGAGAUCUUCUGCCCAAGAGGAAGGACCUGAGGGUGUUACUGAUGAGCGCCACUCUCAAUGCAGAACUCUUCUCAUCUUACUUCAACGGCUGCCCGGUCAUUGACAUACCAGGGAGAACAUUCCCAGUUGAGCAGUACUUUCUGGAGGACGCCAUUGAAUGGACAAACUAUAAACUGGAAGAGAAUUCAACCUACUCUCGGCCGAUCAAGCGCAGCAAUGCCGUGCCGUCAGACAGCACCUCUAAACAGUUGAAGAACUACCAAUACGGAGGCGUGGAAGAUGAGAUCGAGGAAGCGUUGGCAUCGACCUCCAUCAAACCAGCCAAGGACAACAUGAGAGAUUGGAAUCUCACCGUCCAACAGCUGGCUGUGAGAUAUUGUGAUUACAGCAAGUCUACCAUAAAGGUCCUAGGUACCAUGGAUGCGGAGAAGAUCAAUAAUGACCUGAUCGAAGAACUGGUGUCCUGGAUUGUCUUUGGGGAUCAUGAGUAUCCGAAGGAUGGAGCCAUUCUUAUCUUUCUCCCCGGACUGGCUGAGAUACUUUCCUGCUAUGAACAGCUUCAAAGUUCUCUCGGUGGACCCAGAGCCAAGAAACAGUUUAAGCUGGUGCCCCUUCACUCGUCCCUCUCCAGCGAGGAGCAAAACUCCGCCUUCCUCAAGCCUAAGGAAGGAGUCACCAAAAUAGUCAUUGCUACCAACAUUGCGGAGACCUCUAUCACCAUUGACGAUAUCGUGUACGUCAUUGAUGCAGGAAAAAUGAAAGAGAAAAGAUACGACUCGUCCAAGGGCAUGGAAAGCCUGGAGACGACCUGGGUGUCUAGAGCCAACGCCUUGCAGCGUAGAGGGAGGGCGGGGCGUGUCACUGAAGGCGUAUGCUUUCAUCUGUACACUGCCAACACAUACCAGCAUCAUCUCAGGGACCAACCGAUCCCAGAGAUUCAGAGAAUCCCUCUGGAGCAGUUGGUUCUCAGAGUCAAGAUCUUGGACCUCUUCAAAGGAAUGUCUGUACGGGAGGUAUUGUCCAACCUCCUAGAACCUCCACCAAUCUCCAACAAUCAAGAUGCCAUCCUCAGACUGCAGAAUCUUGGAGCGCUUGAUAAAGAGGAGGGCUUGACCUCCCUGGGUUAUCACUUAGCCUCCUUACCAGUUGACGUCCGCAUUGGUAAACUCAUGUUGUUUGGCGCCAUCUUUCGCUGCCUGGAUCCAGUGCUUACUAUUGCUGCUAGUCUCAGCUUCAAGUCACCCUUCGUGGCACCAUUUGACAAGCGAGACCAAGCAGACAAGAAGAAGUUGGAGUUCGCCAUCGGCAACAGUGAUCACCUGACAUUGCUGAGAGCUUACAAGGGCUGGACCACGUGCAUAGGGCGAGGAUCUUACAACGGAUACCGGUAUUGCCAUGAAAACUUCCUGUCCUUAAAAACACUCCAGAUGAUUGCAAGCAUGAAGCACCAGUUUGCAGAGCUCCUGUCCAGUAUCGGCUUCAUCAAGGAAGGACUGAGCUCCAAGAUGAUGGACCGAAAGACAGGAGGGAAUGGGGAUGCAGUCCUCAAGAUGUGCGGACCUGAGGGCAAUGCAAACGCAGACAACUCGCGGCUCGUCCUUGCCGUCCUAUGUGCUGCCCUCUAUCCUAACGUGGUACAAGUGAUGACGCCAGAGUCCAAGUACAGCCAGACUAGUGCAGGGGCUGUGCCUAAGGCACCCAGGCCAGAAGAUAUCAGGUUCAAGACGAGAGAUGAUGGCUAUGUGAACGUUCAUCCAUCAUCAGUCAAUUUCCAAGUGCGACACUAUGAGAGCCCCUAUCUGGUGUUUCAUGAAAAGAUCAAGACAUCAAAGGUGUACAUCCGUGACUGCAGUAUGGUGUCUGUGUAUCCGCUACUGCUGUUUGGAGGCUGUGAUCUCUCCAUAAAUAUGGAUAGAGGGCGCUUCAUCAUCUCCCUGGACGAGGGCUGGAUUCGAUUCAAUGUUGCCACUGUCGAGGUGGCCGAGCUGGUGCGGGAGCUGAGACUGGAGCUAGACCAGCUUCUGCAGGACAAGAUCCAACAGCCCAAUAUGGAUUUAUGCACCUGUCCCCGAGGAAGUCGUAUCAUCACAGCCAUCGUGCAGCUCAUUACAACGCAGUGAGCAAGGACAUGACAACUUGGCCCUCUGUGGACCUGUGCACCUGCCUACAAAGGAGUCGCAUCAUCACAGCCAUUGUGCAGCUCAUUACGACGCAGUGAGCAAGGACAUGACAACUUGGUCCUCUGUGGACCUGCCUACAAAAGAGUCGCAUCAUCACAGCCAUCGUGCAGCUCAUUACAACGCAGUGAGCAAGGACAUGACAACUUGGCCCUCUGUGGACCUGUGCACCUGCCUACAAAGGAGUCGCAUCAUCACAGCCAUUGUGCAGCUCAUUACGACGCAGUGAGCAAGGACAUGACAACUUGGUCCUCUGUGGACCUGCCUACAAAAGAGUCGCAUCAUCACAGCCAUCGUGCAGCUCAUUACAACGCAGUGAGCAAGGACCUGACAACUUGGCCCUCUGUGGAUUUGUGCACCUGCCUACAAAGGAGUCGCAUCAUCACAGCCAUCGUGCAGCUCAUUACAACGCAGUGAGCAAGGACAUCACAACUUGGUCCUCUGUGGACCUGUGCACCUGCCUACAAAGGGG